ACGAAGUCAUAUACCCCAAGAUGAAAAAUAAGGAAUACAGCCCCUCAAAAUUAAUUAAGUAUACAUCCAGUUAAGUCACUUUGUGGCUUAAGUAUAAUAUGAAUAUUGCAGCACAAAUUACAGACCCUCCAGGACUAAAAGCAUCACGGCCCAAUCCAUAGAUUAAGAAAUUAAGACACCAAUUUGCCGUUGGUUUUGGUCUUCUCUCUAUCUUGCAAAGUCAUUCUCUAAGUCAACUAACGAAGAUAUGGAUGAGAGAGAGGUCGAGUGGUCUGCUCUUCCAAUGGAACUCUUGCUUUUAAUCGGCAAAACCCUCCAAGAUCGCAUCGAUGUUAUAAGAUUUCGCAGCAUCUGUGUUCCAUGGCGAUCCUCUAUCCCUCCACUACGUGAGGUAUCUCCUUCUUUGCCUCUCCCUCUUCCUUUCCCCGUCAGAUCAGCUAGAAACCAAGCCUUUGUCUCUCAAAGUACCAUCUACCGUCUCGAGCUACCCGAUGAUGAUGAUAAUCCAAAGAUUCCAACAUGUUCAACAAAUAGCUGGUUGGUCAGGGUGGAAGAGUUUGAACCUGGUCGAACACGUCUUUUAAAUCCACUUUCAAGCCUCCAUAUCAGGUUUCUCCCAGACCCUUUUCCAAAAGUGAUUAACUUGUUGGAUUUUCGAGUUGUUGAGGUAAGCAAAGCAUAUGAACUUCAAUAUAGUAGUGGCAUGCCUAUUGCUGGUGUGAAUAAACUAGUUUUGUUUCCUAACUCUGCAUGGACUAGUUGUGUUGAAGACACUGUGAUUUUCGCGUUAUUAAAUGAAGGAAAGUUGGGGUAUGUGAAACAUGGAGAUGAGAAAUGGACCCUUGUAGAUGAUCACAACUUUGACUAUGAUGACAUUAUUGUAUACAAGGGACAAUCCUAUGUUGUUGAUAGAUUGGGAACAGUUUCAUGGAUUAAUUCAUCAAUGAAGUUGAUACAAUUUUCGCCUCCAUUUUGUGGUUUGGGAAACCAGAAGCAUUUGGUGGAGUCAUGUGGAGAACUCUAUAUUGUUGAUAGGUACUUUGAAUUUGAUAGAGAGGGGGGAAGAUGGCACUUUGAUCUGUUCCCUAGUAACAGUGUUUGUCCUAAGACAGUGACUUUCAAAGUUUAUAAGCUGGACCAAGAGUGGGGUUGUUGGGUUAUGGUCAAGAACUUGGGUGAUCGAGUUUUAAUCUUGGGUAAUGACUGUUCCUUCUCUGUUUCAGCAAGAGAAUUCUCUGAAUGUAAAGGGAAUAGCAUUUACUUCACUGAUGGAAAUGACCUUGGUGUCUUCUACGUAGAGAAUCAGAGAAUUUGCAUGAUUGUAGAUUACAAAGACCAGUGUCCUAUAUUUUGUCCUCCCCCAUCUUGGCUCAGCUCAAAAUCUGCGUUCAUCUAAAUGCUGAGUGUAAGUAAAUUUACAUGGUGGUUGUGUUUUUAAAUUAAUUUAGCAUGGGAUAUUAGUGCCCUUGAACUGCUCUAUGAUGUUGUUGUUGUUGUUGACUUUUUAUGAAUUCAGCUUUACUUGUGAUGUCUCUUAUGUCACUUUGUUCAGUGAUUUUAAUUUUAAUCAUGUAUCAGCCUGUCAUAGUGGCUGAUUAUCAAUUUGUCUCAGAAUUAUUCAAUCAUCUAUGUUAAUUGAAAAACUGAUUUCAAUGGAGAAGUUGAGCAGGGCUGCUGUAUCUUAAA